AAAGUUCUAACCGCAAGCGGUCGGUAAAGAGCCAUCCCCAUGACAACCGAUUUCUAAUUUGUUCCUGAUUUGAAAUGUUUCGUCAAUUAAAUUCACCCAAAGUUUUUGGUGAUAAAAAAGUUAAAUCCUUAUGGGAGCAAAUAUGCGACGAAUACGCGGCAAAGAAGGCCGAUUAUGACGACAAUGACAUCGACGAUACGUCAUCAAUAGCUACUGACGUCACACAGUACUCGGCAAGCCGUCACACCCCGAUAGUUUACGGGAAAAUGGUCCAUAAGCCCCAGAUAGACGCGAGUAUCACAUGCGACUUUGACCCAGCUGUUGGUCACCCCGCAGCUGUGGGGUUAACAAUGAUCAAUAAACCCCCAACCCCACCCACACCACCCCCCGUUCCACCACCCGACCCAAAAACUUGUACCCCGCAAGAAUAUUUAGAAUCGCAUAUUUUUCCGACCCUGGUACCCGCUAUGACAGCGAUGCUUAAUCAGGCUAAAGUUGAAAAGUGUUUCGAGAGGAAACGGACGCGGUUCAACGCUUGUGAUUUUUUAACAGAAUAUCUAUACCAGAAGAAUCCAAAUAAGGCGGACAGAAGCGAAACUUUGUGGGAAAUUCCCUUCGUAGAGAAAUGGAACAAUGCACACCCACGUGAACCGCUACCAUUAUCACUACAAUGGACAGAAGAAGAAGCUGCAAUCAAAAUUCAAUCUUUCUUCAGGGGGUAUUUGGUACGCAUAGAUCCCGAGGUUAGCGAGUUACGAGCAUGGCAACGAAGCUGGAAAGAUGAGAAUCGGGGAAUUCGUCACAAGGUGGAGCAGUUUUGGGAAACACAAGAAACCGGAGGUGAAAGAUCGGGAAGCCAGGGCAGUAAACGAGCGAAAAGUCGCUGAAGUUUCAAACUUUAUUUCUAUUAAAAUACAAUUGACGUUUGUUACAAAACACAUUUAUUAUGACGUCACAAAGCAGUUGAACAUAGAAACAUCAUCUUGUUUUGUUUCGUAAUUCUCGCAUUUUCCCAACAAAGACGGAUUCAACAAUUUC